GUGGCCUCCCUCCGGAGGCGGGCGUUGCGAUUGAGUGGAAAUAAUGGCGGCGGCCGGGCGCGCCGUUGCGGCUUCGGGGAAGGUGGUGAAGCCGUUCCUGUCCCGGGACCAGAGCGAAGCCAAGCGGCGGGUGCGGGAGUUGUACCGGGCAUGGUACCGAGAGGUGCCCAACACCGUACAGAAGUUCCAUCUCGAUAUCACAGUCAAACAAGGACGCGAUAAAGUGCGGGAGAUGUUUAUGAGAAACGCCCACGUCACCGACCCCAGGGUUAUCGACAUUCUGGUGAUUAAGGGUAAAAUGGAUCUUGAAGAAACGAUAAAAGUUUGGAAGCAGCGGACACACAUCAUGCGUUACUUCCAUGAGACAGAGACUCCUCGACCUACCGAUUUCCUAUCUAGAUUCUAUGCGGGCCACGAUGUGUAAAUAAUGAGGCAGUGUGUCUAUUGUAAAAUAAAGAUAUUCAAAAGUAAUAAAUCUGAUGGGUUUAGUCUCUUUCCCUAGA